CGCGCGCAAAACCGCCGCGCCGUGUUCCGGGCGAUCGGCGACGCGCGGCCCGCACCGGCUCCGCCGCUCCCGCACCGCGCUCCCAAACCCCACCGGUCUUUAUUACCCCUCCACCUGCGGCGCUGUUGCGUCAGCUCGACUCCACCACCACCCCUCGCAUCUCCACAUCGCCGCGCCGCGCCGCGCCGCCGCCUCCCUCCUCUCGCUUUCGCUUAGCUAGCGCUUCAGGAGAUCGGACCCGCCGCGCCGAGCCGCCAUGGACGAGGAGUACGACGUGAUCGUGCUGGGCACGGGGCUCAAGGAGUGCAUCCUCAGCGGUCUCCUCUCCGUCGACGGCCUCAAGGUUCUACACAUGGAUAGAAAUGACUACUACGGAGGAGAUUCCACCUCCCUAAAUCUGAACCAGCUCUGGAAGAAGUUUAGGGGGGAAGAUAAGCCACCAGCACAUCUAGGUGCGAGCAGAGAUUACAAUGUAGACAUGGUGCUUAAAUUUAUGAUGGCGAACGGGACUUUGGUUCGUACUCUCAUUCACACUGAUGUGACAAAGUAUUUGUCAUUCAAAGCUGUUGAUGGAAGCUAUGUCUUCAGCAAAGGGAAGAUUCACAAGGUUCCUGCCACUGACAUGGAGGCUCUAAAAUCUCCUUUGAUGGGUCUAUUUGAGAAACGUAGAGCAAGGAACUUUUUCGUUUAUGUCCAAAAUUACAAUGAAGCUGAUCCAGUAACACAUCAGGGGCUGGAUCUCACAAGAAUUACAACUAGAGAGUUGAUUUCGAAACAUGGAUUGAGUGAUGAUACUGUGGAUUUUAUUGGCCACGCACUUGCUCUUCACAGGGAUGAUUGUUACCUAAACGAACCAGCCCUUGAUACAGUAAAAAGAAUGAAGCUUUAUGCGGAGUCUCUUGCACGCUUCCAAGGAGGCUCACCUUAUAUUUAUCCGUUAUAUGGAUUGGGUGAGCUCCCACAGGCUUUUGCACGUCUAAGUGCUGUUUAUGGUGGUACUUAUAUGUUGAAUAAGCCAGAAUGCAAGGUUGAAUUUGAUAUGGAAGGGAAAGUAUGUGGUGUUACUUCAGAAGGUGAAACAGCUAAAUGCAAAAAAGUUGUCUGUGAUCCAUCUUACUUGCCUAACAAGGUAAGGAAGAUUGGGAAAGUUGCACGUGCAAUUGCUAUUAUGAGCCACCCAAUUCCAAACACAAAUGAUUCCCACUCGGUUCAGAUUAUUUUGCCGCAGAAGCAACUUGGCCGCAAGUCAGACAUGUAUGUUUUCUGUUGCUCAUACACACACAAUGUCGCGCCAAAAGGGAAGUUCAUUGCAUUUGUGUCUGCGGAAGCCGAGACUGAUAAUCCGCAGUCUGAACUAAGGCCUGGAAUUGAUCUACUUGGUCAAGUAGAUGAGCUAUUUUUUGAUAUGUAUGACAGAUAUGAACCUGUCAAUGAGCCAUCUCUUGAUAAUUGCUUUGUCUCAACGAGUUAUGAUGCUACUACACACUUUGAGACAACUGUGACAGAUGUUCUCAGUAUGUACACAGCGAUUACUGGAAAGACCGUUGAUCUCAGUGUUGACCUGAGUGCUGCCAGCGCUGCUGAAGAAUACUAGAGAUUUUCUUAUCAAACAUCGCAUUUCCUCAAGAUAACAUACUUUUAAGAAAAACAUAGCAAGGCAGGCCCUGCCCGGUGAUUUGCCAAGUUACUUCAGGUCCACCAUAUUGUGGUGUUCAGAUGUUCGGAUCCAUAGCAGCAGCAUUGUGCAAAGUUGUUUAGUCAGAUGAUGACGGUGGUUCCUUUGUUACUUAAAUUAUUAUGAUCGAAAUGGUGUAAACUUUAAACUGUGUUCACGUUUGCUAGAACCUGUUCGUGCUCGUCAGGGAUGUAUCAUAAUCACUUUUCAGCCGUGCAUCUCGGUUUCUUGCCCCCGCA